AGUGCUUUCUCUGUGUGUAUCACCGGAGUAGCUAGUUGAACUGUGAGCUGUGCCACACCGCCAUUAGUUCUCCUCUGUGUGCGCCCACGGCAUCCAUCUGCCUCAACACACGGUACACAUAUAUAUAGUGCACACCACAAACAACGCCGACACACCACAGCGAUCCUCUGCCUUUAACGAAGUCGAAGUUUUUGUUCCGGCCUUGACUGCCUCGCAGCCGACCGCAGCCGUCCCCCUUUGUUUUCUUCGUUUCAUCUCUUUUCUUCCUGUAUCGUAGUUCUGUUGCUCAGACCAGGAAGGCACAAAGAAUCCUGUUUAUAUAUAUAAUCCCUCUGUGCUACAAUACUAUCCUUUUUUUUUUUCUUUGCUGCGGCACCCGAGCCGAGUGUUCCCAGGGUUAUUUGUCUCUUUCUAUCGUUAACGAGUUAGGAGCGCUUCAUAGAAUUCUGUACUUACCAUACAACCAUACAACUGUCUUCCUCUCCUAUAAAAAUCGAAGAAAACGAACUCGAUAAACUUUCAAAACGAGAGCCAAAGUGGACAGAAUCGCGUUGAGCACACUCGAAUUUUUUUGACGCGCGACUUUUCUGUGUGUUCAUUUAUUUUUCUUCUUUCUAUUUCCGCAGCGAAUGCUUCGCGUCGUGGGACGUCGUCUCGGCGGUCGCGUCGGCAAAUCAGGUAGCGAUGCCCUCCUUCAAGCCGGCCGCACCGCAGCAGCAGCGGCUCAAGCAGGCAAAGGCGCCGCCUCCACUGCGGUCCGCCCAGCUUCUGUAGCCUCCAAUGAGGCGCGCGGCUUAGUAGAUGUCGUGCUCCCACGCGUCGACUGCAGCCUAUUGAAGCACGUCCUCUCCUCCUCGUCGUCCUCGUCGACCUCCACGGACAUCCCUGACAUCGCGCGCGUGCUCCGACUUGACUACACCGCACAGCAUGGCCUUCACAAGAAGAAGAAAGCGAGUGGUGCGGCGGAGUCGGCAGCGGCCGAGAUGGCGCAUCCUCUCGCGGACAUCCUCCUUGUCAACCGCAUUCAUGCCGCCGUCAUCGAGGAUACGCGGCAGCGCGCGCUGAAGGACGAGACGGACACUGCGGGGUCGACGAACGCGGCGUCGCCAUCGACGACGCCACUGCUGGUGCUGGUGGAAACAAACCUGCUGAAGGAGGAUGCCGAGGUGCAGCAGUUUAUUAUUCGCAACGCCUUACGCAUGCAUCCGCUGCCGUCCACGGUGGAGGUGCAGCUGCCAGCGUCGACGAAGAGCGCCGUCACGGGACGUCCACUGCGGGCAACAACACCGCCGCUCACGGUGCUGAUCUUAGGCGCGGAGCAGACAGAACGGGUGCGUGCGCUGGCCAAGCUGCCAGCACCGCCUUCUCCUGUGCCGUCGUCGCAGCCGAUGGCGGCGAACGGGGGGACAGCGAGUGUGCCUCCAACGGAGGAAAGCACACCAGCAGAGGAAGCGGACGAAACGGAGGAAGCAGCGGAGGCGGCUUCCACUACGAAGGACACCCCAGCUGUAGAACAAGUACUAUCCACUACACCACCAAAACCGCCUGCUCCCGCGCCGGUAAAAGCAGUGGAGAGAGGGAAAGACGGUCGCGGUAAGCGAGCCGCUACCUUGUCUCGUACCCACUCCCAGCCGCGCAAGAGUCAGCAGCAGCACCAGCAGAAGAAGCACACGGCCGCGUUGCUUCGCCAACAUGCGGCGGGAAAGCUGAAGAAGAAUCGCCUUCACAAAGGCCGUGUUGCGCGGGUGGUGCACAAGCAAACGCAGCGCCAUCCUCCCUCGCCGCCGAAGGCGACUCGACCGUCUGUCCCUGCGUUGCCGCCACGGCUUCUCUCCGUCGACGACACCACCGAGAAGCUACUGUGGGCCUCCCAACCGGGCCAUCCCAUCCCCCUCUCCGUCUUGGCCCCUCUCAUCCGCCCUGUCGUCUUCGAAAAGAUGUGCGCCGCAGCUUUGAGCGUUUCGCGUAAAAGCGGCGCCGGCGCUGAUGCACCGCUCUCCUUGCACACAGUUGUCUACCGUGCCGGCACGCAGAGCAGCGGGCAAACUGUUUGGCUGGGUGCCGUCCAAGCCGCCGCCGAGCUCGCCGUCGCGUUGUCGCACGGAGCAUCGCUCCUCCCCGCCGCCAUCACGGGACUCGUCGGGCAGCGCCACGCCUCCUUGCUGGUGGAGGCGCUGCACAGCCGUCCUGGCACGCGAUCGUCCUCUUCCUCCUCUCGGCGGCGGAGCGACAGCAAAGGUGCACGUGCUGGUCGUGGGCAAGGUGGAAGCAGACACAAACCUUCGCUGAAUGCGGAGGCGGCCACAGCGGAGACGCCGUACGUCUAUAUGCUGAUUCACACGAGCCUGUCGCCGCAGGAUGCCGCGGUGUUGCAGCAAGAGUUGGACUACCAGUAUCUGCAGCUGAAGAACACCCCAGCAGGUGUGGAGCUCGCCGGCAUCUCCGUCCUCACCACACAGGACGUGUCGCCGACGCAGCUGUGGUAUGUGCUGGAGCACGGCGUUGCCCAGGCAAGCACCGCCGUCCACAUCGAAGCGGCAUCACCGAGCAAUGACGUGUCAUCCGCCGUGUCAAGACAGAGCUACGUCGCCCUCGCACGCGGCCCGGUUUCCCCGGAAGGCGCAGAGCUGUCGCACACGUUUGAGGAGGUGUACCGCAUGCUGACGGAGCAGCCGGAACUGCUGCAUUCCCCUCGCCUUUCCUCCUCCUCUAGCUCCGCCUCAACGAGUGACGUGAAAACCGGCGCUGCAGGCGCAGCAAAAGAACACGGCGGCGGAGUCAGUCAGCGGCACCCCGACGCACUCGUCUCGGAUGCGCUGCGCAUCGCCGCGCUAGCGCAGGUGUUGAUGCAGCGUAAGGAGGCGCAGCUGCGUGCCGAGUUCGCCGCCGCACAGCAGCGCAACGCUGUCAGCGCCGACAGCGAAUCCGUUGCCCGCGCAGCACAAAAGGUGGAGAUCAAGACGAUGGUGACCGAGGCGGUGGAGGAGGUGUCGGUGCGUCAUGAGCAGGCCACCGCGCACCUGGUCAAGACUCUUUCCAGCAUGGUGGGGCAGUGGUCGUUGGAGAAGCUGUCCGACACCCUCGAGGCGAUCAUGCGAGAUGAGCUGAAGCCCAUUAUGGACGUGCUGGAGGAACGACUGGGGACGGCGGCGCAGGGCAUUCUCUCCUCUUCCUCCUCAGCGCCGCCGCAGCAGCAGCCGUCGUCAACUUCGACGGAGGGGGCCGAUGCGGCAACCACCGCAGCGGGAGAAGGGCCGAUGACGACCCCACCCACGGUGACAGAGGUAGAGUCGUCGUAUAGAGCUGGAAGCUCCGCGACGGAGGCGCUUCAGGAAGGCCAGGAAGAAAUGAUGAAAACGUUAGAGCAGGUCUUGGCGCAGCUGCGAGAAUUAAGCGAGCGUGCCUCCGCGCUGUCUGCCGCGGCGGAGAUGGUGUCCACUCCCGCGAAGGGCGCGAAGGAGGAAGAAACGUGGACGCUGAACGCCCAACACGCCGUGGACGAGGAGCGGCUUCUGCAGGCGCUGCGGGAGCUCCAGCAGCAGCACCAAGUCGAGCUGCAGCAAGCCCUUGACGCGCUCAAGGACGAUCUGCGAUCCGCCCCGUCUGCUCCUUCUGCAGCUUCAGCGGUACCUCCUGAAGUCAUCGAGUCGGCGGUGUCACAAGCCAUGGAGGCGGUGUCUCUCGAGAUCCGUCAGGGCAUCCAAAAGAACAUUACCGACCAGCUCGACAGCUACUGCGAGGUGCACCGCAACCGUCAAAGCAACGGCGGCAGCAGUGCUGACAGGGAGCCGUCGUUGCCGAUAAUGCCGGUCACCUCCUUCGAACUGGAGGAGAUGCUGACCCGCACGGUCAACUUUGCUGUCCGGGAGUCAGUGGGUGAGGUCGAAGGGCACAUCCGAGCUGCGAUGGAGGCGGCGCUGCACGAUGGCGCCACCAACGGUUCCGCAGCGCCGUCUUCCUGGGGAACUGGAGCAGGCGACGGCCACGACAGCAGCGUCGUGAAGGCGGCUCUGGAGGAGCUGUGGUCACAGGUGAAAGCCGAGGCCGCCGAAGAGGAGGCGGUGAAGCUCUCGCAGCACAACCGUCAGCUGCUGCGUCUCUUCCGGCGACAGCAGCAUCUGCAGAAAGCAAGCAACAGCACGGCGGCGGACGGCACGGGGCUGACGAUUAUGGCGGUGGAGGAAGCGGUGCGGAUGACGAUGCAGCCGUUCGUAUCGCAGAUGCAGGCUGCCUUGACGGCGGCUGCAGCAGCAGGAGCAAUGGCGCGGUCGAGCAACACAUCGGGCCCUUCAUCGUCAUCGUCGUCAGGCAAGGAAGAAUGA